AUGACCAGAACCCGUGCUUCAGGCGGUACCUCCCCCUCAAAGACGAUCAAAGAAACACUAGGUCUAUCGAAACCUUCUUCAUCCUCUACAAAAACCAAAACCAAGACCAAACCCAAGGAGGAGAAACCAGUCGCGAAAUAUUUACCUACCUCAUCGGAAUUUAUGGAUACAGCUGAAUCUUUGAAAGUACAAGUUGGGGAAUCGAUCCAUCUUGAGGCUCCCAAGAAGCUUAUGUCGACUGGGUCAUUCGGGUGGAGCGGUUCGAAGAAUGGAUCAGUCAGUUUGAAGAAUGGUAAGAAAGUAGAUGUCAGUAUAUCGAUCAACGUCGUUGUUCAAAAUUCCAGUCCGAGCAAACGAAAAUCCGUAGGAGCCGAUACCAAAGGUAAGGCGAAAAAGGGGAAGGUAAUCAGGUAUCAUAGUAGUAGCAGUAGUAGCGAUUAG